AUGUCUAAUUUCACAGUCACACAAGUUGAUUUAGCUUUUACUCAGAGCCUUGUUUAAGCUCUUGGAUCCAGUUUGAAUCCCAGCAAUGAAAUUCGUCAAUAAGCUGAGGUCUUCAUUAAGCAGGUUAACCAAGGAUAGUAGAUUGAUAUCUGUCAUGCAGCUGCAGUCUAACUAGGAAGCAUUAUUGAAUAUCACUGGAAGUUCCUUGACCCAGUUCAAGCAAAGAAAGUUUCUAUUGAGGGAUUUGAUUUCAUUAUCUUAGAUGAGGGAGACAAACAACUUGUUAGAGAAAACAUCCUCAAAUGCUUAUACUAAACUGAUAAUAAAGUUAUUGUUAAGCAGUAUGUUAGAUGCAUCACUACUAUCGCUAGAUUCGAUUACCCAUCAAGAUGGCCAGUCAUUGUCCAAGAGAUAGUGCAAUAUUUAAGCACAGCAGAUCAAAAAUCAGUAAUGACAGGACUCCUCGGCUUAAAGGGACUUGUAAAGAAAUACGAGUAUGAACUUCAAGAUGAGAGAGAUCCACUUUACGGCAUUAUAGCCUAGACAUUUAGCAUUCUCGGAAACCUAGUUAAUCAAACUCUAAAUGUUGAUAAUCAAGUAGCUCAAGAUAUUAUGUUUUUGAUUUGUAAAAUAUUCUACACCUCUAAUCAGCUCUAUCUUUGUCCAUUCAUGGCUGAAGGAAGUAACAUUGAUCCCUGGAUUCAACUAUUCAAGACCCUUAUGGAUAGACCAUUGCCAGCUGAGCUUGAAAGUCCAACUGAAGAAUUGGAAGUUAUUGAGGAGAGAGAGAAAAAUUUAUAAUGGAAACUCAAAGGUAUCGCUGCUAAGACUACCUAUAGACUUUUCUCUAAAUUUGGAAAUCCUAAAUAUGUUGAUGAAAAGUUCGGAGAUUUCUCAAAAAAAUUCAAGGAAACUUUCGCUAUUCCUCUAUUAGAGUCCCAUCUCUAACAAGUUUUUAAAAAAGAAAAAUGCUUUGUUAAUUCAAAAACUCUUAACUUCGCAAUUAAAUAUGUUCAGUAAUCAAGUAAGCUUCCAAUAACAAUGACAGUGCUCUACCCAUUAGUUGAGAAAGUCCUUUAUGAUAUUGUGAUUCCUGUCAUGUUUAUCACUUAGAAAGAUAUUCAAUUAUUCAAAGAAGAUUCUAUUGAGUAUAUUAGAAAGUAAAAUGACUUUACAGAGUCUCUGUUCUCACCAAAAUAGACAGUUGUUGAUUUGCUAAUCAGCCUCUGCUCUUAUAAAUAAAAUAAAAAGAGUAAGAAGCCAGACUUCCUACACAAAUUUCUAUCUUUCUGUGGAAAUAUCCUAGUUUAGUACUCCUAAAAAUAGAUUUUAGAUUGGAGAAUCAAGGAAGCCAUUAUUUAUGCAAUCGGAAGUCUCUAUGAUGAAUUGGUAGCUUAAAAAGAUAUAAAGGUACAACUUGAACCAAUGAUGAUUCAGCAUGUGAUGCCAGAAUUACAAAGCCAGAUCCCAUUCCUUAAAAUGAGAGCAUGCUGGAUUUAUGGAGAAUUUGGAACAUUCAAAUUUAAGGAAGUAAAUCAUGUAAAGCAAGCAGUAGAGUUAAUAUAUAAAUAACUGUAUGACCCAGAACUUCCAGUGAGACUUACAGCAGCAACUUCUCUACAUAAAUUAAUGCAUAAUGACGAGUGCACUGCUCUCUUAAAGCCUGCUCUAAAAGAUAUUCUUUAAAUUUAUCUUAAAAUGAUGAGUGAAAUAGACUCAGAAGAAUUGGUUGCAGCUCUGGAGGAGAUAGUCAGCCAUUUUAAGGAUGAUAUAGCUCCUUUUGCCGUAGAGCUUACUCAAUAACUUGUUGGAGCCUACACAAGACUUAGCUAGGUAAAUGCUGAUGAUGAUGAUGGGGAGAGUGCCUUAGCUGCUGUGGGAUGCGUCACUGCAGUGAGAAGAAUCUUAGAUUCUAUUCAAAAUAAUAAAGAACUCAUUUUAAAAGUAGAAGAAUUCGUCUAUCCUAUGCUUUUGCACACUUUAACUCCAGAUGGUCUUGAUUCAAUUGAAGAUGGACUCGACUGUAUUGCUCUUAUCCUCUAUCACGGUUCUGUUAAUGGAGUAAGCAAGAAUAUGUGGAAAAUCUUCCCCUAACUAAUCUAUAUCAUUUGCGGGGAAAAUGACCCAGAUGGUGGUUAUGGAUUUGAAUAUCUAUCAUAAGUAUGUGUAUCAAUUUAAAACUAUAUCGCUAAAGACCCUAAUUCUUUCUUAAGUAUUGGAGAAGGUCAGACUCAAACUUUCAUUGCCAUCACAUUCCAAUUCGUUGAAAAAACUCUUAAAAUGAAUAAAGAAUCUCCAGACCAAUUAGACGGUAUUGUUAUAAUGAAAGUAUUGAUUGCUAUGCUUGAAAACUUAAAAGGUAGAAUUGAUGAAGCUUUAUAAUAUAUCCUUAAGAUUUGUAUUGAGGAGCUUGCUGGCAAGAAGAUCCCUAAGAAUUAUAGAUCUAUGCUAAUUCAAGUUAUCUCUAUGACUUUCUGGUAUAACAGUGCUCUUUCUUUCCAAAUAUUGGAGUAAUCUCAGUAAACUAUACCAGUCUUCCAAACUCUUUUAUAAACUUUGGGAGAUAUGAAGCACGAUUUUGAACUCAGAAGAGUUAUUUUUGGUCUUACUAGCAUUCUCUGCACCGAACCUUCACUUCUGCCAGCAUUAGUUGGACAGAGAAUCCCCGAAAUCAUGAAGCAACUUGCAUAGCUAAGUCUAAAGAUGAGAGAGCAAAGACUAGAGGUAUUAAAGGAUAAUGAAGAGAGUAUAUAAGAAGAAUAAAAUAAAAAGAAUGAAGAUGAUGAAGAAGAGGAGAAUGAAGAUGAACACGAGAAUAUGGAUGGAGAGGCCACUGCAUUUGAUAAAUUAAAGAAAUCUGAGAAAUUUGACGAAAAGGAUUACGGAGACGAUGAUGAUGACUCGGAUUAUGAAUACACAGGCGGUGAUAUGGCCAUUUACGAUUCUGCCUUAGACUCUAUAGAUGAGCUUCUAUAUAUUAAGGAAACACUAGAAAAUAUCAAUUCUGCAAACGCAGGUUAUAUGACUUAAUUGAUGUCAGGUAUUGAUGCUGAGCUAAUGGGAAAAUUCAAUGAGAAUAUGUAAAGUGCUCAAGCCCUAAAGGAUAGAGAAGAAGUAGUUAGAAAGUAAUGUGAUGAGAUGUUCGACAAAAAGAAAUUCAAUUGA